AUGGCUCCAUUCCAAGAACAUUUGCAAGAGGAAACAAGUAUCAAUUGUUCAAGGCUCGAAGUUCUUGAUCUUGGAAACAACAAGAUAAAUGACACAUUCCCAUAUUGGUUGGGAAAUCUUCUAGAGCUACAAGUGUUGGUUCUUCGUUCCAACAAAUUAUACGGUUCUAAUUGGGGUUGUUCAAAGACCAAAAAUUGCUUUCCUAAAUUGAAAAUCUUUGAUCUCUCCAACAACAAGCUUAGUGAUUUCUUGCCAGCCAAGUAUUUCAAAAAUCUUAAUGCCAUGAUGGACUUUGGUGAAGUUGAGAGGAGGUUGCAAUACAUGGGCGAGGAUUAUUAUCAAGAUUCUGUGAUGGUAACAUGGAAAGGAUUUAAGCAUCAACUAGUGAAAAUUAUCACUAUUUUCACUACCAUUGAUUUCUCAAAUAACAAUUUUCAUGUAGAGAUUCCAAAAUUAAUUGGGAAGCUUCAUGCUCUUCGUCUUCUCAAUCUUUCUCAAAACAACCUAAUAGGCUGUAUCCCACCAUCUAGCGGGAAUAUGCGUGACUUGGAAUCCUUAGACCUUUCUUCAAAUAAGUUAGUUGGGAAAAUUCCUUGGCAAUUGACCAAAUUGAACUUUCUUGGAUUUCUAAAUUUGUCAAAAAACCAUCUCAAUGGACCCAUACCUCGAGACAACCACUUCAAUACCUUCUCAAACAAUUCAUAUGAUGGGAAUUUGGCAUUAUGUGGAUUUCCUCUGUCAAACACAUGUGAAACUUAUGAGAAGACACCACAACCACUCUCAAAAUCAGAUGAUAGAGAAUCUUCAAAUGGUUUUGGUUGGAAAGCAGUGUUGAUUGGCUACGAAUGUGGAAUGGUAUUAGGAGUUACGAUGGGAUAUCUUGUGUUCUCAACAGGAAAGCCUCUGUGGGUUAUAAGGAUUGUUGAAGGAAGACAACCUAAAAGGAGAAGACUGAACAACAAACGUGGAAGAAUAAGCACUUAG